AUGGCGUUAGACAAGUCCCUAGACACUGAUGAUUCUCUCUUUGUCAAAGAUCUUUCUCAUGCUAUAGCUAUAGUCUUCACUUAUGUUGAUGAUAUCCUUGUCAUCGGCAGUCACACUCAUAUUGACUACAUUAAUCAAACCAAACAAAUUAUGAAUAGUCCCAAAGAUGUUCAUUAUCAAGCUGCAGUAAGAGUCUUGAGAUACUUAAGCUCCUCUUCAUCUCAAGUUACACUAUUCACAAAUCAAUCUCAAGCUACACUAACUGCCUACUAUGAUAGUGAUUGGGCAGGAUGCCCCACUACUAGGAGCUCUACGUCUCGUUUUUGUAUUUUUUUAGGUCAGUCUCCUAUCUCUUGGAUUUCCAAAAGGCAAAGCAUAGUUGCUUGCAGUAGUGCAGAGGUUGAAUACAGGUCCAUGGUUAUAAUUAUUUGUGAGGUGAUGUGGUUCAAGCAAUUACUCAAGGACAUGGGACUUAAGAACAUUGGUUGCGCUAGUCUAUAG